AUGGAAGAAGGUAACAAAUAACCCUUAAAAGAAAGAGAUAAUAGUAAUUCUUCUACAGCAUCUGAUUUAAAUGGAUUUUAGCAAAAAAUAAAGAAUAAGACUGUACUUAAUUUAAGUAAAAAGGGAUAUAAUAUCAUCAAAAUAUGCAUUUUUAUUCUUGCGAUUGGAGUAUUGUUUAUGGGAAAGGCAUUUGGUGUUCCUAAAGAUGAUUACCCUAUAAUUCAUGAUCCAGUUAUGUAUAAUUGGCUCUCUUCAAUGAAUCAAAGUGUUAAUGAUAAUCACGAAUCAGCCAAGGGAUUUUAGAUCAGCAGUAGUUUAUGCAUGGAUUUAAGCUUUCUAUUCAUGUAUGGAUACUGGGUAAUAAGAAUAAAUACUGGUAGACUUCUCUAUGCAACUGCCUUCUUUUACGUAUUGAGAAAUAUAGUCUAAAAUUUUGUUGUUUUCCCUUUUCCAGAAGGAUUUUAUUGGGAAAGUCCAGGCUUCCCUUCAUUGACAGUACCAUAUGGCCGCUCCAGUGAUUUCUUUUGGUCCGGUCACUGUGGUUUUUUAACAUUAGUAUCAUGUGAAUGGUUUGUAAAUAAAAAAUAUUAUAUGUUUGCAUUAACUUGCUUGGUAAAUUUAUACAUGGCUAUUGUUAUGAUUGGAUUUAGAAUUCAUUACACAAUUGAUGUUAUCAUAGGAGUUUUUAUGGCUCACUACUGCUACAUGCUUUUUAGUAAAGCAGCUCCCUACAUUGAUGAAUUUAUAAAGCGCAUAUUUAAUUAUGCUUGGAAUAAACUAAAUGAUGAUAACAAAAAGAGGGAAGAUAAUAACCAAAAGGAAGAGAAAAAUGAAAAUGGUUUAUCAAAUAAUAAUUUAUAGCAAUAUUCAAAACAACAGUAAAAAGUUUCUUGUGAAGAAAAUAAACUUUGA